AUGGCGCGAGUAACAGGAAAUGGAGCUGUCGCAGAGGCAUUCGCAGUGACCAACGGAGUGAUGCAGGACUCCGUCCGCGCACCCACUCUCUUCACUCUCAUGUUCACUGCCAUGCUGAUGGAGGCCUACCGUGACGAACGCCCUGGGACCUGCAUCGCCUACAGGACGGACGGUCAACUGCUCAACCACCGGAGGAUGCACUUUCAAUCGCAUGUCUCCACAACCACCGUUCACGAACUUCUCUUUGCCGACGACUGCGCCCCGAACGCCACCUCGGAAGAGGAGAUGCAAAGGAGCAUGGAUCUCUUCUCCGCCGCCUGCGAGAACUUCGGCCUGGUCAUUAACACGCAGACGACGGUGGUGAUGCACCAACCGCCACCCCACUCAGCCACUUCUCCCAACGCGCCGCAAAUCAGUGUGAACGGAACCCCACUGCAAGUGUUGGGGAACUUCCUGUACCUGGGCAGCAUCCUCUCCCUUAACACCAAAAUAGAUGACGAGGUCGCUCGCAGGACCUCGAAAGCCAGUCAAACCUUCGGCCGCCUCCAAGUACAGUCUGGAAUCGUCAUGGUCUUCAAAUGA